CGCUUCUCCCUCCUGGGCACUGCUGCCAUGAAUACCUUCCUGCUCUCUGCACUGUGUCUCCUCGGGACCUGGGCAGUCCUGGCAGGGGGAGUCACCGUACAGGAUGGAGAGUUCUCUUUUUCUCUGGAGUCAGUGAAGAAGCUCAAAGACCUUCGGGAGCUCCAGGAGCCCAGCAUUCGGAACCGUAGGAAGAGUGGUGGGCCCGUGGUUCCCAAAGCCUGCAGCCACCAGAAGUUUCCCGAAGAACUCAAGCCUCUCUGCAAGGAGCCCAAUGCCCAGGAGAUCCUCCGGAGGUUGGAGGCCAUCGCCGAGGACCCGGACUCGUGCGAGAUCUGUGCCUUCGCUGCCUGUGCUGGAUGCUAGGACGGUCGGCUCGCUGCCUCCUGCCCCGGCCGAUGCUCCCACUGCCCGCAGCUCGGCCUACCCUGCCCCCAGGGGAGGCGUGAAGAGGGUGUGGCCUGGGGCGACCUGCGCAAGCCCGGCCCCUGCCCCCCAAGAUCCCCUCCGACCCUCAGCUAAUAAACCAGAUCCC